GUCAAAUGAAGGACCUAGUACGUCAAAACAAAGUGGCUAUGGAUAAUACAAGUGAUGGGUCCGGAGAUGAACCUGAGCCCGAACGUAGAAAACGUGCUAGAGUUGAAAAAUCUUUCGAAAAUGAACAGCGGACUUAUACGGAACCUUUGUCAUCUACCAAAUAUCCAAUGUGGAAAGAAACCAUCAAAAGUGAGGUGAAUUCUAUUCUUCAAAAUCACACUUGGGAACUGGUUGAUCUUCCCCUGGAUUGUGAGCCUCUAGGUUCCAAACGGAUCUUUAAGAGAAAAAUGAAACGUGACGACAAUAAGUUCAAGACAGACUUGUAAUCAAAUGAUACAAGCAACGUGAGGGCGACAACUACUUUGACACAUAUUCUUCCGUGACGAGAAUAAAUUCCAUUAUGAUGAUACUUGUCAUUGCUGCAUUGCGAAAAUUAGAAGUUCAUCAAAUAUAUGUAAAAACUAUUUUUCCAUAUGACGAGAUAGACGAAAAAAUCUAUAUGGAACAACCUGAUGGAUUUAUUGUUCCUUGCCAAGUAAGGAAAGUGUGUAAACUCGUUAAGUCAUUAUAUGGAUUGAAACAAG